GGCAAAAAGAUUAAACGAUCUUUAGCUUGUUAAUUUUCCACAUUCAAGGCGGAAGCGUUGCGCUUCGACAUAAAACAACGACAUAACGGAUACCGAAAUACAAUAAUAUAUCGCCGUAUUCUCUGAUGAUACAUCUGCAAACGAAAACGGCGCCCCCGUCCAUUUGAUUGAAUUGGACCUGCCGACGGUCUUCUUCCCGCCACCUUAACCUAGGUAUCACCGUCGAGAACAAAGCCAUCACACGCGACAUCACCACGAAAAUGGCAGACCACCAUCGAGAUGUGUCGCAGUACAAGUACUCGGCAAUGUCCAACCUGGUUCUCCAGGCGGACAGACGGUUUGUCACGCGACGAACCGACGAGGCUACCGGCGACCCUGAAUCCCUUGCUGGCCGCCUGAGGAUCAAUGAUAUGGGUUCCAGGGUUGCGCGUGACGCGGCACCCGAACGAAGGAGACCUGCGGGUUUAACAGGCGUCGAGAGGGGGGACGUGCAAGAAGGUCAAGAUAUCCUAGCUCGCGAGCAACGAAAGCGAAAAGGCGAUCCAUCUCAGAUGCGAGCAACGGGUAUCCUUGGACAAACAGAUCUCCUCGUCGAAGGCCUAAGAUACCGACCGCGUAUACCAGCCACCCGCGCCACCUACGAUCUCAUACUUAAUGUCGUGAGGAAUAACCUUGGCGAUGUGUCGCACGAGAUCGUCCUAAGCGCAGCGGAUGCCGUCCUGGAAUAUCUGAAGGAUGAGGAUAUGAAAGACUUCGAUAAGAAAAAGGAAAUAGAUGACUUGCUAGGCGCAACAUUGAACCCCAAGCAGUUCAACGAGUUGGUCAACCUCGGAAAGAAGAUUACAGAUUAUGAUACCCAAAAUGACGAUGAUGAAAUAGAUACGGGAGCUGGUGCAGCCGAGGACGACGCGGAACUCGAUGAACGUCAAGGUGUUGCUGUUGUUUUCGACGACGAAGAGGAAGAUGCAGAUGCAAUAGUAAACGAAGUCCGAGAUGAAUCAUCGGAUGAUGAAGUGGUUUUUGAUAAAGAUGAAGAAGACGUUGAUGGCUUGGAGGAACGAACAGCUGCCGAAGUUGUGGGCAACCAAGACCAAGAGGCAGCCGGCUUAGCAAACGAAGAUGAGAUGGUGAUCGAUUCAGCAUUGCCCGAUAGCAAGCGUGGUGGAGCUUCAAAACAGACCAAUUAUAUCCCUGCGCGCCAGAUAGAUGCAUAUUGGCUGCAAAGAGAAAUCGGUAACGUAUACACGGACGACCAUAUUCGACACGAGAAGACUGCUCAAGCUUUGCAUAUACUUUCAGGAGAACCUGAUGAACCUGGCGGAGAUGAGAAGCAAUUAAGAGAAAUUGAAAACGAGUUGAUGGAGCUCCUAGACUACGAACAUCAUGAGGUCGUGCAAAAGCUCAUCGAGAACCGAGAGAAAAUUGUUUGGCUUACGCGCCUAGCCAAAGCGGAAGGUGACGAAGAAAGGGGUGUCAUUGAACGAGAAAUGGCUUCUGAAGGUGUCAAGUGGAUUCUGGAUGAACUCCGGGGUAGAAAAGCUACUGAUGGUUCCAAGAAGAUGGAGAUCAAAAUGGAUAUCGAUGUACCGGCAUCGUUCAGCGCAGCACCAAAAGUCGAGCGGGCGGAAGGCCAACUCGUCGGUGGCCUCCAACCGCGGAAGCUUAUCAACCUCGAAAACCUCGUGUUUGACCAAGGCAAUCAUCUUAUGACAAACCCAAAAGUUAGACUUCCCGAGGGAUCUACGAAACGAACUUUUAAAGGCUAUGAGGAAAUUCACGUCCCCGCGCCGAAGAAACGUAGUCAAGCAGAGGAUUCUAACAUCCCUAUUACCGAAAUGCCCGAAUGGGCACGUGUUCCUUUCAGUUCGGCCAAGAGUUUGAACAAGAUUCAAUCGCGAUGUUACCCGACAGCUUUCGAAGACGAUGGGAACAUGCUUAUCUGCGCUCCCACGGGUAGUGGAAAGACAAACGUAGCUAUGUUGACUAUUCUGCGGGAGCUUGGAAAACACAGGGACCCGAAAACGGGUGACAUCAACCUGGAUGCCUUCAAGAUUGUGUACAUUGCGCCUUUGAAGGCUUUGGUCCAAGAACAAGUUGGCAACUUUGGCGCGCGUCUAAAACCAUAUGGCAUAACGGUGGCUGAAUUGACUGGCGAUCGCCAACUCACAAAGCAACAAAUUUCGGAGACGCAGAUAAUCGUUACGACACCUGAAAAAUGGGACGUAAUUACGCGAAAAGCUACAGACCUGACAUACACAAAUCUCGUGCGACUCAUCAUUAUCGACGAAAUUCAUCUUCUACACGACGAGCGAGGACCGGUCAUCGAGAGUAUCGUCAGUAGGACCAUCAGGAAAACUGAGCAAACUGGUGAUCCUGUUAGACUUAUUGGUCUGUCUGCUACCCUACCUAACUACAGAGAUGUGGCUAGUUUCCUUCGUGUAGACCCUACUAAAGGACUCUUCCAUUUUGAUGGUUCCUACCGUCCUUGCCCCUUGAGACAAGAGUUUAUCGGCGUCACUGAGAAGAAAGCCAUUAAACAGCUCAAGACGAUGAAUGAUAUUACCUACAACAAGGUAAUUGAGCAUGUAGGUGCUCAUCGAAACCAGAUGCUCAUUUUCGUUCACUCUCGAAAGGAAACCGCGAAGACCGCAAAAUAUAUUCGAGAUAAAGCUCUUGAAAUGGAAACUAUCAACCAAAUAUUGAAACAUGAUUCGGGCUCUAGAGAAGCUUUGAAUGAAAUUGUUAAUGAUAUCUCAGAUGCCGACCUGAAGGAUCUCAUCCCUUACGGAUUUGGAAUUCACCAUGCUGGUAUGAGCCGUAUUGAUCGAUCUGAAGUUGAGGGUCUCUUCGCCUCCGGUUUGAUCCAGGUCCUCGUUUGCACAGCUACUUUGGCUUGGGGUGUCAACUUGCCGGCGCAUACCGUCAUUAUCAAAGGAACCCAGGUUUACUCGCCAGAGAAAGGUAGUUGGGUAGAAUUGAGCCCACAAGACGUUCUACAAAUGCUAGGACGUGCCGGACGUCCCCAGUACGAUACUUAUGGUGAGGGUAUUAUCAUCACGUCUCAAGGCGAGAUGCAAUACUAUCUAUCGUUGCUCAAUCAGCAAUUGCCUAUUGAAAGUCAAUUUGCCAGUAAGCUCGUGGAUAACCUUAACGCAGAAAUUGUUCUAGGCAAUGUCCGGAGUCGAGACGAAGCAGUAGAAUGGCUUGGAUACACAUAUCUCUUCGUUCGAAUGCUGAGGUCGCCUGGCCUUUAUAGCGUCGGGGCCGACUAUGAGGAUGAUGAAGCCUUGGAACAGAAGCGAGUUGAUCUUGUGCAUUCGGCGGCCACAGUCCUUAAGAAAUCCAACCUAAUUACCUACGACGAAAAGACUGGUAAGGUCAAAGCGACUGAACUCGGAAGGAUAUCUUCGCACUAUUACAUCACGCAUGGAUCGAUGGAUACCUACAACAAGCUCAUCCAGCCUUCUAUCACGACGAUCGAACUCUUCAGAGUAUUCGCUCUCAGCGCUGAAUUCAAGUAUAUUCCCGUGCGACAAGACGAAAAGUUGGAGUUGGCGAAGAUAUUAGCUCGAAUACCAAUCCCUGUUAAAGAAAGCAUCGAGGAACCACACUGCAAAAUCAAUGUCCUUUUGCAGGCAUAUAUCAGCCGCCUCAAGCUUGAGGGCUUGGCUCUCAUGGCUGAUAUGGUUUAUGUCACCCAAUCUGCUGGUCGUAUUCUUCGUGCUAUCUUCGAAAUUACUCUCCAAAAAGGAUGGUCUAACGUUGCGAAGACGGCCCUAGACUUGUGCAAAAUGGCAGAAAAGAGGAUGUGGUUAACUAUGACACCGCUUAGGCAAUUUCCUCGUUGCUCCCGAGAUAUCAUUGCAAAAGCCGACCGCUUAGAUGUUCCAUGGAGCAGCUAUUUCGAUUUGGAUCCUCCGAGGAUGGGAGAGCUGCUCGGACUUCCGAAGGCAGGACGUAUCGUGUGCGACCUAGUAUCUAAAUUCCCGAGGGUUGAGAUUCAAGCCCAAGCCCAACCGAUGACUCGUUCUAUGCUUCGAGUCGAAUUAUCAAUUACACCGAAUUUCCAGUGGGAUGAUGAAUUGCAUGGGUCGGCGGAAAGUUUCUGGAUCAUCGUUGAAGAUUGCGAUGGUGAAGAUAUCCUAUUCCACGAUCAGUUCCUUCUACGUAAGGACUAUGCGAUAUUAGAAUCUAACGAACACCUAGUCGACUUCACGGUUCCUAUUACUGAACCUAUGCCUCCCAAUUACUUCAUUUCCGUGAUUUCCGACCGAUGGAUGCAUUCGGAGACGAAAUUGGCCGUCUCGUUCCAGAAGCUCAUACUUCCCGAGAAAUUCCCGCCGCAUACCCAGCUGUUAGACUUACAGCCUCUUCCAGUCGCUGCAUUGAAAGCGAAGGAUUUUUCCAAUCUAUACGAAUCUUGGAGCUAUUUCAACAAAAUCCAGACUCAAACAUUCAAUUCGCUUUACACAACGGAUGAUAACGUCCUAAUUGGCGCUCCUACUGGUAGUGGAAAGACGGUGUGUGCCGAGUUUGCCCUCUUGCGUCUUUGGUCUAAGCCAGAGAUUGGUCGUGCUGUUUAUAUUGCGCCAUUCCAAGAACUUGUUGACAUCAAAUAUCAAGACUGGAAGAAACGUCUUAGCCAUUUACGUGGCGGUAAGGAGAUAGUUAAACUCACUGGUGAAACCGCAGUAGACCUCAAGCUACUCGAGAAGGGAGACCUUAUCUUGGCUACACCGACGCAAUGGGACGUCCUCUCCCGCCAAUGGCAAAGACGCAAGAAUAUUCUCACAGUCGAGCUUUUUAUUGCUGACGAACUACACCUUCUUGGUGGCCCGUUAGGAUACAUCUACGAAAUUGUAGUAUCCCGUAUGCAUUACAUCCGUACUACCGCUAGCUUGCCAAUGAGGAUUGUUGGGUUGAGUGUUUCGCUUGCAAACGCUCGAGAUAUUGGGGAAUGGAUUGAUGCUAAAAAGAAGGAUGUCUAUAACUUUAGCCCCCACGUCCGGCCAGUACCCUUGGAACUUCGCAUCCAGUCAUUCUCUAUUCCUCACUUCCCAUCGCUGAUGCUUGCCAUGGCUAAACCAGCUUAUCUCGCCGUCACUGAAUUAUCAGCUGACCAGCCAUCUCUCAUCUUUGUUCCAAGCAGAAAACAAACCAGGUCAAGCGCUCGCGAUAUUCUUGCAGCAUGUUUGGCUGAAGAUGACGAAGACAGGUUUUUGCAUGUCGAAGUUGACCAGCUUCGCCCCCUCCUAGAACGUAUCCAUGAGGAAGCUUUAGCUGAAGCACUUUCACAUGGUGUCGGUUACUAUCACGAAGCUCUCAGUCAGAGCGACAAGCGUCUCGUCCUUCACUUAUAUAACCAAGGCGCGAUUCAAGUGUUGGUUGCGUCUCGCGAUGUAUGCUGGGAGCUGGAUUGCACCGCACAUUUAGUAGUGGUAAUGGGUACCCAGUACUUUGAAGGUCGUGAACAUCGUUACGUCGACUACCAGCUGAGUGAAGUACUACAAAUGUUCGGCAAAGCUUUGCGCUCGUCCCAGGAUGGUCGUAGUCGCGGGGUUCUGAUGGUGCCAGCUGUCAGGAGAGAAUACUUCAAGAAAUUCUUGAAUGAAGCCCUUCCGGUCGAGUCGCAUCUUCACAAUUUUGUGCAUGACGCUUUUGUUACUGAAGUUAGCACAAAGAUGAUCGAGUCUGCAGAUGAUGCCAUUAAUUGGACGACGUUCACAUACUUCUAUCGCCGACUUCUGGCAAACCCAAGCUACUACAGUUUGACAAGUCCGACACACGAUGGUCUGAGCAAUUACCUUUCCGAUUUGGUUGAAACAACCUUAAAGGAGCUUACAGAGUCAAAGAUCAUUGAUUUCGAUGAAGAUGAUGGCACAGUUACACCUCAGAAUGCGGCUAUGAUUGCAGCCUAUUACAAUAUUUCUUACAUCACAAUGCAGACAUUCUUGCUGUCGUUAUCGGCAAGGACAAAGCUGAAGGGAAUUCUGGAAAUUGUAACAUCAGCUACAGAAUUUGAGUCGAUCCAAAUUCGCCGCCAUGAAGACAAUUUACUUCGACGUAUAUAUGACAGAGUUCCAGUUAAGAUGUCUGAGCCGGCAUAUGACUCGCCACACUUCAAAGCCUUCGUAUUGCUUCAAGCGCACUUCUCGCGCAUGCAGCUUCCUAUCGAUUUGGCCAAGGAUCAAGAAUUGGUUGUGUCGAAGGUGUUAAGCCUUCUGAGUGCGACCGUCGAUGUUCUUUCCUCUGAUGGACACCUAAAUGCAAUGAACGCCAUGGAAAUGUCGCAGAUGGUGGUCCAAGCCAUGUGGGACCGUGACAGCCCCUUGAAGCAGAUCCCUCAUUUCACACCUGAGGUAGUGAAGGUGGCAAAUGAGUUUGGUAUCAACGAUAUCUUCGAUUUCAUGGAGGCGAUGAAUCCUGAGGAGAACGCGAAUUACGGUACCCUUGUCAAACGCCUUGGCUUGUCCCAAUCUCAGUUGGCCCAGGCAGCGUCUUUCACGAACAAUAAGUACCCCGAUAUCUCUCUAGAAUUUGAGCUUUUAGACGAGGACAACAUCCGUGCUGGAGAACCUGCAUACAUAAACGUCCGGAUCGAGCGCGAAGUUGAAGAGGAGGACGGAGAGGUUGACACGACAGUUCAUGCUCCGUUCUACCCCGCCAAGAAGGUGGAGAACUGGUGGCUGGUUGUUGGAGAGGAGAGCACAAAGACACUGCUGGCAAUCAAGCGGGUUACGAUUGGCCGGCAACACAAGGUUAAGUUGGAGUACACAGUCCCAACACCCGGCAAGCAUGAUUUGAAGUUAUUCUUAAUGAGUGACAGCUACGUCGGUGUGGAUCAAGAACCAACGUUUUCCGUUACGGUCGCAGAGGGAAUGGAUGUGGAUGAUGAUGAAGACGAGGACGAAGAAGAUGAUGAGUAGAAUCCUUCAAGGUGUUCCUCGCGGGGCCCUCCACAGGUGUGAUUACAAUUCAUCUUAUGUAUGAAAAGCUUACUGUACAUAUAGAAAAUCGUUUUAGAGGGCGAUAAGGCUUGCCCGGCGAAUUAUUUAGGAAAAAGGGUUAGGUGAAAAAAAAACGUUUAUUGCUAAUUCUACACAUUGUCUCAACUAGUCGAAGCGGCGCUUCUUAUUUUGCUUUUCUCUAUUUUCAUGUUGCGGCGUGAGUUAUCCGAAUGCUGGGUUGUGCGA